CGUUGGCCGGGAGUUGCACAAAGUUGGCUCCACUGCCGGAAAAGUUCCCGAAUUUCCCUCCCCUCACUUGACAAGCUGCAUAAGUGUCUCCAACGGACAGCUUAUUGCGGGUUAACAGUCCUUUAUGUCCGCGCCGUCGGUUCUAAUCAACCUUCUCUCCCCUUUUUUUUUUUUUUUUUGCCCUUUUUCUCCCCCUAUAAAAUAUGACACACCCCUCCUCUCGGAACCUUACCUUGGCCUCAUUGUUUCGCUUGACGUUUUAAAACAAGCCCGAUUCCCAUCCAUCAGGUGGUACUGAUCAAGAAAGAGAAAAAGGGGGGAAAAUGUCUGCAACCGAUACGGAUUGUAGCCAUGGGAUAAUUCCGCUCAUUGUCAACAACGAAUCGGUCGUGACGGAGACCAUCUUCGAUGUGCAUAACCCUGCAACGGGUCAAGUGGUUGACCGCUGCGCCAGUGCGUCUGUUGACGAUGCCAACCGUGCGGUGGCCGCUGCCAAGGCGGCUUUUCCCGCGUGGAGCAAAACAAAGCCAUACGACCGUAGAGAUAUAUUGAUGAGGGCGGCUGACAUUAUGCUUUCGCGACGAGAGGAGCUAAUAAAGUAUCAAAUGGAGGAGACUGGGGCGGGCAGGCUGUUUGUGGAGAGGACGUUCGAGUUGGGCGCUAGAUUCAUCAAGGAUUUCGCAGCACGGAUUCCGUCCAUCGAGGGCUCAGUACCAUCUGUAUCUGAAGACGGAGAAUGCGCCAUGAUUAUCAAAGAGCCUUAUGGGGUGGUCUUGGGAAUUGCACCUUGGAACGCUCCCUACAUUCUCGGCACACGCUCAAUCGCUCUUCCUCUUGCCGCAGGGAAUACGGCGGUUUUGAAGGGAUCCGAGCUAUCCCCCAAGUGUUUCUGGGCGAUUGGCGAUAUAUUCCGAGAAGCUGGUCUUCCGGCGGGGUGUCUGAAUGUAGUCUACCACCGACCUGCUGACGCCGCAGCUGUCACUACUGCUCUCAUUGCCCAUCCGGCCGUUCGCAAAAUCAGCUUUACCGGUAGCACCCAGGUCGGGUCUAUCAUCGCUUCAACGGCCGGAAAGUAUGUAAAACCUGUCGUUCUCGAACUGGGCGGCAAGGCAUCCGCUAUUGUUUUAGAUGAUGCAAACCUGGAGAGAGCGGCCAUUUGCUGUAGCCUCGGAGCAUUCAUGCAUUCCGGUCAAAUCUGCAUGUCCACAGAGCGCAUCAUAGUGCAGCGCUCCGUUGCGGACAGGUUCCGCAACAUGCUAGCCGAUGCAUCAGAUAAAGUUUUUGGUCAGCAUGCACCAGCACCCGUACUUGUGACAUCUGCCGCGGUCAAGAAAAACCGGGACCUGGUGUCCGAUGCACUUUCGAAGGGUGCUGACAUUGUUUUUGGAGAUGUCAACGCUUCUGAGACGUCCAGCAAUGGCCUGCGACCAGUGAUCGUGGGUAAUGUGACCAAGGAAAUGGAUCUUUACUGCACAGAAUCAUUCGGCCCUACCGCUUCUCUCAUUGUAGUCGACUCUGAAGAAGACGCGGUGACACUGGCCAACGAUACUGAAUACGGUCUCACAUCUGCAGUUUUCACGGGUAAUCUCUUCCGAGGACUACGGGUAGCCAAGCAGAUUGAGUCUGGGGCGGUCCACAUCAACUCCCUCACCGUCCACGAUGAACCAGUCCUGCCACACGGCGGAUGGAAAAGUAGCGGAUAUGGUCGGUUUGGAGGACCCGCCGCGUAUGAUGAGUGGUUGCAAACCAAGACAGUUACCUGGGUACAAUAGAUACCCGUACUUCUGAGACAUUCCCCGAAAGGUACC